AUGGCUCAACGGGCUCUGCAAACUAUGAAGCGAUUCACCACCUGUGAUAUUGGUGAUGCGCUAGUGAAGCUCAAGCAGCCCUAUGGGGGCUUCCUGGACGGCUUGAAGAUGUUCUCUCCUAAGCCAGGCACCAGCAUCUACGGCCCUGCCAUCACCGUGAAGAUGGUGGAGACCAACAGCCCCGGCCCAUCUCCAAACGUUCACUUCGCCGAUGUCAACAAGGAGGGCCAUAUCAUGUAUAUCCAACAGCCUAAGGGGCUUUCUUCCGCAUGUUGGGGAGGUCUCAUGUCCACGCGAGCACACCAACUCGGCGCGCUUGGUGUGAUUAUUGACGGUCGCAUGAGGGAUACGCAGGAGCACCGAGACAUCCAAUUCCCAGUCUUCGCGCGCGGAACCUCGGUUCUCGGUUCCAACACUUUCACCCGUGCGUCUGAAAUCGACGUUCCUUUGCAAUUUUGCGGCGACUUGUGGAUUUACCCGAAGGAUAUUCUGGUCGGGGACGAGAACGGAGUUGUUGCAGUUCCUCCGUCCUUGAUGGAGCAGGUUGUGGAGCUCUGCCAGGAGCGUUUUGAGAUCGAUGAAAAAACAUUUGCCGCUUUGCGAGCGGGUGAGCCGAUGGGACCCACAAUCAAGCGAUUGCGAAAGUAGGGUGUGAUCGGAUGUCUCCGAUACACCGACGUCGA